GGCAAACGUCCAGUCAGAUUUGAAAUGACACGAUCGCAAAAACGACCAUCUAGGGGUCAGUUAAUGUGUUCCAACUAUCUAAUUGCCGUCUUCUAACAUUUCCUUUUGUUCAAUAAACAGGGUUAUCAUCUUAAACUACGAUUCCAUUAGCACAUAUUGUUGAUAAAACAUGAAGCUAAAAGUUGGAAACUAAAACUAAACUUAAACUACGCAAGUUAUGCUAUUUUGCUCGUGCUUACAAAAAUACCGAGCACUGGCCAAAGCACCCUCGUAGGGUAUGUCGAUGUACGGAUGCAUAACACCCUGCCCAGCAGUCAGCAAACGCAUCAAAGACAGAGAUAGAAGAUGUCCCGAUCUCAUGAUAUACAGAACCACAGUGGUCUAGCCAGCCUGGUACAGUAUACUGCACGCCAUCAACCAACCACAACCAGUCAAUGGGAUCUGGAAUGCUAUAUAUGCUCAAAUUAUGUUUCCAAAGUAUCACUCUAAUCUGUACCUUCAGACGAGAUCCAAGUACCAACUUCAGACGCUCAAAAUGCUUAGCAAGUAUCUUUUCUUGGCGGUCAGCUUGACCUUGGCUAGAGCUGCUCCGGCCCCUGAGGCCACAGCCGAGGCCACGGCUGAGGCUGAUGCUCAAGCCGGAGUGUUUGAUGAAGUGUACGCACCUUAUGCCGCUCACGGCCAUGGCCAUGGUCACGGAUACGGUUAUCCCGCUUAUGGAUAUGGUUAUGACUAUGCUCCCAGCUACAACUACGGACACGGCCAUACCUACGAUAAGCAAUACGGAUACGGACAUGAUGUCACUUACGGUUACGGACACGACUACGUGGCUCCUCAUUACUCUGAUUACGGUCAUGACCACCAAUACGGAUACGGCCAUUACGAGCCCAGCUACGGACAUCACCACGGCAAUAACUACGACAAGUACGGCUACUCUCCCUAUGAAGGAUAUGGCUAUGCUUACGGCAAACACCACUGAAGAACAUAACUUAACCGUAACUUAUUGCCUUUCUCUCAUUUCUAAAUAUACAAUGAGCGAAAUUACCGUUGCAGCAUUCAAA